AUGGGGCAAUUGUUAUUGAUUGCUGUCAAUAGAAAAUUAGAUUUGGAAUACGUAUUGACAUAUCCACUGACUCCAGUACCAUUAUCCAUGUGCAACUAUGAUGGGACACUAGCAAAAACCGACAAAUCUACACUCUUCAGAGAAUUAGAGAAAAUGGUUAAUGGUGAAACUCUAACUACUCCUUCUCUUGACGCAUAUGUGAUUGACGGUAAUUUCUUGUUGCAUCUUUUACCCAAUAAAAUAUCGCCUACAUACGGAGGUCUGGCCUCUACCAUCUUGAUAAUGGCUACAUCAACCACUUCAAAAAGAGUUGAUCUCCUCUUUGACACCUAUAAAGAACCAUCAAUAAAAGAUUGUGAGAGGCAAAGAAGAGGGGCUGAAGAACAGGAAUUUGUAAUUACUGGUCCAGAUCAACUUCGUCCUCGUAAUUUGAGUGAUGCACUUAAAUCUACAUCAUUUAAAAAGAAUCUUCCAAGCUUUUUGAUUGAGGAAUGGAAGAAGUUACACUAUAGUACCAUCAUUAAAGAUUGCCAUCUAUAUGUCGGUCAUCUUAACCAAUGUCAUCAUUUUUUCGUUGAAAACCACGAAGUCCGUCAUGAGUGCAUUGCUACAAUGGAGUCAAAUCAUGAGGAAGCAGAUACAAUGAUAUGUUUUCAUGCCAAGGUUAUUGAUGAAACGGAACACCCAGGACACAUUGUGGAUGUGGCUGAUACUGCUUUUAUUACAUGUGAACUUUCUGCAGCAGAUGGUUGGUAUCUAAAAGACAGUCAUUACCAUAUAAAUUGGUUUGAUGGUUGUCAGAUGCCCGAAAGACUUAUCCCAGACGAUAUGGAUGAAACUGUGGAAUCAGAUGAUGAAUUAAUAUUAGCAGCAGGAUCUAGUGAUGAAAGUAAUGCCGAUGAAUAA